AUGUCGAAACCGCGAUAUCUCACCGCGUCCAAGAUCAGCCUUCUGGUUCUUGUCCAACUGUACUGCGACUCUGACUUUCCAUCAUCCGCCACUGUUCCAGUACUCUCUUUUGUUCUCUCACACACCUUCCCAACGACUCCAUCAGCUGCUCGCAAGUCUCAUACCGUUGAGCAACAUGUUGCUCCUCUGUCAAUUCGGACCUUCGAAGCAAUACUCAAAAAUCACACAUCGAGUAUGCCGGGACGCUCGCUUCUGGACGAUUUUCUGAAAUGUCUAUGGGAGAUGAAUUCAAUGGAUGCUCUUUUUGACCUGUUCAAUGACUUGGGAAAUCUACUGGGGCCCCCAAAGGAGGAGCCGUCCCAGGAGACGAAACGCAUGCACUUGUCGCCAACAUCGCCACUUGGCGCCCUUGUCCGACAAGCCCGCCUAGAAUUUACCCGACUUCCUUUCGACGACAUAGUUCAUCUAUGGUGCGCCUUUAUCGCUUACCGGGCACCCACCGCCCAGUGGGCAAGACGACUGAGCGGGAUGGCUUCGUCUAAUGUAGACAUUGUGGCAGCAGACUUGGGGUUGAGUAAGGAUGACAGCCUUUUCGAGGUUACCUACGGUCACCUGUUGGAAGAUGACACAUCUUCUACUUCACUCAGUCAUGAUGAUCUGGAACGCAUCCUUGAGUUUCAACUCGACAAACUCCAACGGCUUGGCUCUCGUGUGCCGGAGGAAAUGAAGGCUCCAUUACGACAACUCCUCGAAUCAUGCGACAACGUUCCCAGGCAAGCGCAUCUGGUACUCUUCUUUGAUGCUUGGAAGUCAGGUGAUUACUCUUCGGCUUUCGACAAUCUCCACCGGUAUUUUGAUCAUGCAAUGCAAGCACGAGAGAGAAUUCACUACCAAUAUGCUCUAUUGCAUAUGGCCAUUCUUCAGGCUGACUUCGGCUGUUUCGCAGAAGCUAUUGCUGCCAUCAAUGAGACCGUGGCAACAGCCAGGGAGAAUCAAGACAUUCACUGUCUCAACUUCAGUCUGAACUGGCUAAAUCACAUGAGCAAGGCCUACCCUAAGCAAAUGAAGAGAGCUGGGUAUAUCGGAAUGCUGGGAUCGGAGAAAGAAGGACUUGCGUUCUUGAAGGCUAAAGCUAGAGAAACCAGGACAUAUAACUUACUGAGCGCUACUUUGCUAAACGAAGCGAAGCUGUGCUUGCUUUCGGGUGAUGUAGCUUCCCGUGCCUUUGAGCUUCUAUAUCAGUCGUCGCAUCUGAGUCUUAAAGAGAAUAUCGGGAACCAUGGCUCCCAUCUACUCUUCCAGUCUGCGCUGUAUUCCCGCCUAGGCAACCCGAGCCUGUCGGAGGUGAACUGCCAGCUGCUGCUUGAUUGUUAUCAAAGUGCAUGCCCCUUGGACGAACGUAUCAGAGCACUGGGUCGGCGCGCGUUCUUGGUCCUGCAGAGGUGUCGUUACGACGAAGCACUUUGUCUUCUUGCGUCAACGGAACAGUUCAUGCAGCGAUCCUUGAAGUUCCACCAGUAUGUCUAUCUCUGCACCGGGCUUGUCAAGCUGAGAAGAGCUAUCCGUCACAAAGACUGGACAGCUUGCGAGGCGCUGUUCUCCUAUCUCCAACCCGACUCGUCAACCGAUCCCGAGUUGACCUUUCUGCUUUCCGAAUCGCGCAUAGACUACCUCGUGGCACGCGGACUAUACUCGCAAGCGUGGGAGGCGGUAGAGGAGCUUUCCAUCACACUCAAGGAGGAAGGCGCCGACGUUAUGCAACGCAUCUCUCUACUCCUCGCCAAAGCAGACAUAUGCAGAAGACUUGGCCGUCCCGAGCGAGGUUUCAGCGUCGCUCUGAGAGCAGCUAGUGUGGCGUUCAAGGCGCAUUUGAAGACAUGCUUGUUCACCGCAGUUGGCUUACUGGCCAACAUCCUGAAUUCAAACGCAGAUUAUCACGCAGCCACGCGUUUGCUGAACGCCAUAAUUCCUCAGUCACUGGAGAAUGGCGAUGUCCAUGUUGCAGGAACGCUAUACUCACACAUGGGCGACGCUUAUAUGGGUCUCGCGGGUGUAGAGGACGCAUCGAACGCCGCAGGUCUGCGCCUGCGAGCAAUGCGGGUGAGCCACGCGGAAUUGUACAUUGAUCGAGCUCGCGAAUGUUUCAAAAAGGCCGAGGACGUCGAGGGGGAGUGUGAACAACUUAUGAAGAAGGCAGUCAUCGCGAGGUUGAGAGGCGAUGAAGAAUUGGCGGAGGAGUGGGCGCACGAUCACAAUCGUGUUUGGGACCAUGGUGUUGAGCGCAUUGCAAGCAACAGCGUUGAGACACACUAGAGGCUGUCACGUCUGAACGUACAGUCGUCUCUUGGACAUGGAUGUACGGUACACGAAUGUGCAUGGCAUGGCCUCAAGGUGGGUGCUCGAACGGGACAAAUGAAAUGCAUUG